GUUGAAAUUUGGCGCCAGAUAAAAGAUCGUGCAAAUUUUGCGAAAGAAUGGAGGAAGCUCAAUUUUCCGAGGAAUUAUUUAGUACGCAGGAUGAAACAACGUUUCAAAAUGCAAGUUCCUUGCCAGAGAUUGUCCCUGAGAAGUCAGUAGUGGAAAAUGUAAUACCUUCGUCAUCCGAAAACGCAUCGAGCAGUGUGGCACAAGAGCAAAGUGCAUCGAUCGAGAAGGAAACCCCGGAUCUCGUUUUUUCGGAAGAUAUCGAUUUUGAUAACUAUUGCGAAGAGGCGAAUAAUAUUUCAGACAAACCUGGCGCUGACGAAGCAUUGGAAGAUGCUGUUGAAUUGAAUGAAAACGAUGAAAAUAUAGCAGAAACAGAAGGAUUUGAACAGGCCAAAGAAUCAAAUGCGCCUCAACCCAAAGGAGAUAAUGGCUCGACCUCAAAAGCACCUGAAGAACGAAUGGCUGCGUUUCCUUUCGCUCGCAUUAAACAAAUAAUGAAAUUGGAUCCCGAUGUUAAAAUAGUAUCAGCAGAGGCCAUAUUCUUGGUUACGAAAGCGGCCGAAUUGUUUCUUCAAACGUUGGCCAAGGAUACGAGCUCGCAUACAGUUGCUUCCAAAAAGAAAACGAUGAGCAAGAGGGAUGUGGAUUUAGCAAUAAAUAAUGUGGAUGCGUUGAUGUUUCUCGAGGGCAUGAUGAAUGUGUAGCUUUGUGGAAUGAUACAGCAUAUAAGUUAUCUGAUUAGUGAAUAAAGUAUUUUCCGAUCUA